AUGGCUGGAACUACAUCCAUGUUUAAUGUAUUAUUCGACAAUGCCCGUGGACUUCCUUCAUUUGGUCAGUCCAGGUUAAGAGCACAAUUUAUGGGCUCCUUUGUGGAUCUAUUUGAGGUAAGGUGACCCUUUGACUUGAUUAUCCAUCGAACAUACUCAAGGUCAUUACACUAAACUUUUUCAGUAGUAGUUGAUAACAUUUAAAGAAGUGGGCAAUUAUCUGCACCAGAAUUUACUCUUCUCCUGACUAGAGCUCUGCCCACAUAACCUUAUGUACUCAUCCCCCAACCCAACAAGAAAUGGUGCUCUGUUCACAUCUGAGGGAAAAGACAAACAUUUUAACCCCUUAAGGAUACAGCUUCAAAAGCUUGUCUUACCCUUAAGGACACAAGCCAUUUUUGCAUUUUAUGCUGUUUGUGUUCAAACGCAAUUUGCAUCUCUGUCAUUUAUUGCACCAACACAUAUUACAUACCAUUUUUUAGAGGGCAAAAAGGACUUUAAUUUGAUGUUACAUAUACAUAGAUAAAUUCUCAUUAAUUAUAAAAAUAUGCCAAAAAAUUGGAAAAAAACAAACAUACGUUUGCAUAAUAUGUCCAGCUUACGAACAGUGAUUCAAAAUAAAUUGAUUUAUGUGUCUUGAUGUAUAGACUACAUAAUAUUUCAGCUUAUUUUGAAGGUUACAGGACUAAAAUAAAAUUUAAAUGUGCAACAAUUUUAGAAUUUGGGAUGUUUGUCUUGUAGGUUUAGUAGCCAUCACAGAAAAAAAAAUUGCCACAGAGAAGUAUAUAUUUAUAAAAAGUAGAUUUCACAGGCUAUUUAACUAAGGUUAUUUUGACACUUUUAACCAAUUUCUGCUAAAUAUUGGAGUAAAAUUGUGUUUUUUUGCAUGUACAUAUAGUUAGAAUUUUCAUAGAUGGAUUUCUCAUCUUGAGGUAUUAUAGCAGUUUGACUGUUCAAAUAACCCCACAAAGGGCAUUCAUUUGAAAAAAGCAGAUACCCCAUGGUAUCUUAUAUGGUGUAUAUUGUGCCUUAACUUGUCACCAUUCUUUUCACCAAUUUAUGCCAAUCUUUGUGGUGAGAGGGUAAAAAAAUCGCAUUUUUACAUACAUGUUACAUUUUCUCUGAGUAUUUCUUACACUUGAUAUGUGCCACUGUUAAAAUAUCCCCCACAUUAUGCUCUGUUACAUCUACUGAGUGAAACAAUAUGCCCAAUGUAUGACCUAGACACUAUUUUAUGAAGUUACAGUGCUGUAAAAGAGACGUGACAAGUUCAGGAAUUUAAAGCGGCACUGUCAUGCCGAACUUACCUUUCCUCAAUCUCUUCCUCUUCUCCCCCUCUCUCAGGAUCUGUUAUUCUUUUCUUCUUAUCUUCUUUAGUUUUCUUUAAAUUCAUAAGACAAAGUAGGGACUCUUUGCCUUAUGGAGGAUUCCUACGCUUGACCAGCUCUGACCAGCGGAGGAGCAAAGUGUGCUUCAUUUCCGCUGGUCAGAGCAAUUUUCCCAUGAUCCCUAGCUUCCCUCUGUGUUCCCACAAUGCUUCCUGUCAUUUUACACAAAACUGACGAAUUGCGUUCUAACUGAAUGAGAACAGUAUGUUCUUUCCUUUUAGAACGCAAUUCGGCACUUUAUUCGGAUCGGAGUUUCAUUCUAAUGAAUGAAACUCUGAUCCUAUUGAUUGCUGUGGCUGCAUCUUGCAGCCGCUUAGUAGAUAACUCCCUAAUUCCCACGGUAUCAGGGAGCUAUCUACUAUAAGGCUGAAAGACCUAAAUUGGUCUUUCAGCCACAUUUAAUAAUACUAUAAUACUAAGCUAUAUCGCGAGUAGGGGCAUGUGUAGUAAGCAGUGAGCAGCAUAUAGCUGCUCACCGUAAAAAAAAACCAAAACAAACAAAAAAACUAAUACCCCCUAUUUAACCCGUGGGGGCCCUAAAUAAAGAUGGGGGGACCUACUGUCCCCCCCUGGCCCCCACCCCUGAGCGGUGGGUGGGGGCCCUAAAUAAAGAUAUGGGGGGGAACUUCUGUCCCCCCCCCUGGCCCCCACCCCUGCGCGGUGGGUGGGGGCAAUAAUAAAACAAUAAGGGGGGGGGACCUACUGUCCUCCCCCCCUGGCCCCCACCCCUGCGCGGUGGGUGGGGGCCCUAAUGAAACAAUAAGGGGGGGGACCUACUGUCAUCCCCCCAUGGCCCCCACCCCUGAGCGGUUGGUGGGGGCCCUAAUAAAACAAUAAGGGGGGGGACCUACUGUCCUCCCCCCCGGCCCCCACCCCUGAGCGGUGGGUGGGGGCCCCAGUAAAACAAUAAGGGGGGGGGACCUACUGUCUUCCCCCCCCGGCCCCCACCCCUGAGCGGUGGGUGGGGGCCCUAAUAAAACAAUAAGGGGGGGGGACCUACUGUCCUCCCCCCCCGGCCCCCACAACUGAGCGGUGGGUGGGGGCCCUAAAUGAAACACCCCCCCCCAAUCAAGGUGACUAGGGGUCCCAAGCCCCUAGUCACCACCCCCCCACCCAAAAAAACCUAUCCCCUACCUACCCCCUCACCCUACAAAUAGUGAGGGGGGGAAUAAAAUAACUAACCUGUAAAAAAAAAAAUUAAACUUACCAUUUGACGUCUUCUUUUUUCUAAAAUCUUCUUUCUUCAGCCCCCAAAAAGGCCAAAUAAAAAUCCAUUACACCCGUCGCACUUUAAAAAAAAAAAAAAACGAGUGCAAAAAAAAAUUAAUCCAUGUUCGCCCUUCGAGGGCACGCCGCAUACUGAGCUCCGCACGCCGCAUACUGAGCUCCGCAGCCCUGCAAUUAGGCUUAGAACACUCUGAUUGGUGGGUUUAAGCCAAUCAGAGUGCUCUGAGUCAUUUUACACAGCGUGGGAAAGUUCUUUUGAAUUUUCCCACGCUGUGUAAAAUGACUCAUAACACUUUGAUUGGGUGGCUUGAAAGCCACCCAAUCAGAGUGCUCUGUGUCAUUUUACACAGGUGGGAAAGUUCUUUUGGUGGGGGCUCAGGGGUGGGGGCCGGGGGGGGAGGACAGUAGUUCCCCCCCCUUAUUGUUUUAUUAAGGCCCCCACCCACCGCGCAUGCCGCUUCUAUCUUUACAUAUUACAAGGAGGGAGCUGCAUGCCGGUAGCUCCCUCCUUGUAAUAAACUGCACGAACAAACAAGCACUGAUACUCAGAUACACUGAUACAUUGUGUUUGUUUGUUCGGCUGAUAUUUCUAUUCACUCAUUCGUUUGUCUGAUGAAUGAAUGGAUAGAUGAAAUUCCCGUUCGCAUGUCCACACUGGGCAUGUGCGGGAAUCUCACAGUCUAUCUAGUGUGGGCUGAUGACGUGUCCCACAGGGACUUCACCUACCCACACAAAGAUGGCGGCGCCCUGAAUCAAGAUCGGGGCAGAAUAUAAGGAUUAAAAAAUAGGUAAUGCUGGGGGCUUAGGGGCAUUUGGGGGUGACUAGUGGGUCAAUUGGAUGUAGUGGAGGCGGGAGGGGGGUUAAAAAAAAAAAACGAGAUUCGGCAUGACAGUGCCGCUUUAAGUGUGAAUUUUCAUGCAGGAUUUUGAUACAUCUGUGUCCCACUUUGGAGCACUUUAGCAUGCUACAUAUUCCAACUACACCAUGAAGGCAUACCAUUUCUUAAAGAAGAUAUCCCAGGGUAUUUCAAAAGGCACAUUUUGAAUAUUUGCGUGGGAUCAUUUUUCCACUAGUUUGUGCCAAGUGUAGACCAGAGACCAGGACCCCUGUGUGCCUGAUAAUGAUGAUAGGAGUCUCAGCGUGGAAAUGGACUAUCAGGGCCUGGUGCAAGGUAACCACACACCCUCUGGUGUCGAGCACCAGCAUUUGUGCAGCCACAUACCAGGGCCCCGAUGCAGCUUCUUUGGAUCCCUGGUGCUAGAUGAUAAUAUGCAGACCUCCCAGGAUCUGGAUAGGGAGGCUCUGCAGCAGAUAUGUAUCCAGUACUAGAAACAAGGCAAGACUAGAACAGGUACCUUUUAGAUGCAAUCCAUCACGGCCAUACAGGUUGUACCCAAGCACAAAAUUGGCCCAGUGCUUUAAAAAAAUGCCCUUUCUGCAACAUCUACCACGCUCUCUAAAGAGGGGAAGAGGAAACUAGAGAACUAAUCGAGACAUAUUCAAUAUGUUUUUUCUAACACAUUUAUCAUUAGUUACCACCCUGCCACCCAAAAUAUUUUACUUGUUUUUUCUUGCAGCAAAAGUCUCCAGUGGUAGUGUCCUUUGUCCCUAAGUACUUAAAUCUAUUAAAACUUUACCUUCUAUAGGUUUGUUUAGUUCAUACAAUAAUUUAUAUAAUGUCAUGUAGGACAGAUUGUAAUAUUGAGGUAGAAGAACACGGAUGACCCCAAAGCUGGACAACACAGUUCUUGAUAAAAAUGAGGUACUGAGAGUAUCUCAACUUGCACCACAAUGGUUUUAUAGUGGUAUCUCAAAUUAGUCAUUGUAAUUACUAUACAACUAGCAUUUAACACUGAUUUUUCUUCUUUAUUCCAUUUCACAAUGCAGACUGGAUUUCAUGCUGAAGGACUGCAAGAAAUUCUAAUGAACCAACAUAUAUUUUCUCAAGAGGAAGGACUACCAAAUAUAAAGAGCAUCAUGGACAUAUUGAAAAAGGCAAGAUAUUUGCCAUUCACAUUUAUAGAUUUAUCCUCAUUAUUCAAUCACUUAAUAGCAGAGAGAUACAAGAAAAGACAGACAAAUGUAGAAAUGUAUAAUGUACAUUAUAAACAAUAAUGUAAAUAUAAUUUAAAUGUAUGCUAACACUUAGAUAUUGAUCAUCUACUAUGACCUGGAAUAUGGAGGAAUUUUACUACAGAAGUUAAUUAGGUACAGACAAUAUUCAGAUAUAUUCAGUAAAGUGUGAACUGCCAAGAAGUAAAAGUGAAUUACAAGUGAAUUUAAGAUUUUUGUUGAAAAUAGUUGAGCUGAAACAUAGUUCACUUUUUGCUACAGGGGUAUCAGCUACAUCUCGCUGACGAGGCCCAAAGAAAGCUGAAAGCAUUGUACUGGGUUUCUGCAUCACUUGUGCAAAGGGAACUUGCCAGAAUUUCACUUCUGGACUGCCAUUAUUGGUGGGAUCAGUCUGAUAUGCAAAUGUAUAGAUUCACUCUGUAAUGGCAAGAGUGAGCAAAAACAUUUUUUUGAGACCUGAGCGGUAGCUAACUGAUGGGCAAGUGCCCAUUCUUUGCCCAUUCUCAAAGUUCCCAUAUUCUCUGUUUUUGACCCUUUUUUCCAACUCUGACUUUUUUGCCUUAGAAUUUGAAUUACACAAUAAUUUCCCAACAAGGUACACUUUACUUAAUAGCUGUGCCAGUCUCUUGGACUUUUAUAUCUCUAAUUUGCAGAACUUGACUAAGAGUGUGGGUUUCUUCCCUUCUGAAAGAAAAUAAAAUGUUGUUCUUUUUCCCCCCCAAGUAAUCGUGGGUGAUGUUUUUUUAAAUUUACUUUAUAUAAUCAGAGUAUACAGGAACAGAAUGUACUAAUUCACAAGAUAAGGUUGGCUACAUCAUGUGGUGUCAUUUAAGGGUCUUUAUUUAUCUACUAUUUGUCUCCACCGAUACAGCUGUCAGAUUGGAAACCAAUACAUUAUCAACACCCUCUUCUGUCUGCUUAUGUCAAGAUUUUCGGUCAAGAAUUGUUUUACCAUGAAUUAAACAAGGAUUCAAUUAAUGAAUUAUUUAAGGUACAAUAUAGUGAACAGAUUACAUGUUAGGUUGAAAGUAAUGCAUAAGUAUAUGUUUAUCUUACAAAAUACAGAACAUUUCGAGACGUUUGCAUAUAUUUAUUUAAAAAUUCUGAAACCUACCUAUGUCUACUUUUAUUGCUCCAUAAAUUGUGUAUGUUAUAGUAAACUGGGGCUGCUAAUAAUUCAUCCAUAGAAGUGCAUUUUUUGGUCACUGACCAUUUUUGUUUUGAUAUCCAGCUGUAGUGAUUCGGUGGAUACUUUGUAUAACAUCUAUAUAGACAGAACAACAGUUCCAUCUGUCCUAUAGAUCUCAUGGCCUGCUUUCGUUAAAUGUAGGAAUUCCAACUGCUAUGAAUGGUAUAACAUGCAAGUCCUUAUAAUCGUUGUACAUGCAUAUCAUCUUAUCUAAAUUUGGUAUUUCAAAAGCCAUGCACGUAGACAUAGUUUGGUACUGAGGUGUACAGAUGGAAGUGGGAUUUUUGUUUCAUACUAGUGAAAUGUAAUAAAUGUUUAUUAAACAGAGAACAUUUGGAAGGAUUUUUGGUUUGGUGUUAAUACAUAAAUCACAUUUCCUCUCUGACAAACAGGCUAUGUGAAAUAAUAUAUAUAUAUUUUUUUUUUUUUAACGGACACAAAAUCUCCCUAAGUUGCUCAUAAUAUUUUUUAUUUUUUUUUGCAGUUUUUUUACGAACCUAAAGGACAAUCUUCUGCACUAGAAGCAGUUGUUACACAACUUCAGAAUGGGUUGAAUAUACGUUGGUCGAAACCAUUAUUGUCAAGUGAAAACCGCCUCAUUGUGCCAACAUGUUUGGGUUUGCCACUAGAAACAAGUUUGCGCUAUUCUUCUGUCACUCGAGCUGAAACCCAAGGUAGGAUGAAGAAUACAGACCAUAUUUAUCAAGGCAAAUUCAGGUGUUAUUAUAGAGCAAAGUGCUCUACUAGGCACUCUCGCCAUGGAAAGAAUGUUUUGCAAUUUCUACUACUUUGCCUCCUAAUGUUCCCUUGAUAGAUAUGGCCAUAUGACCAAUAUACUUAUAUUUACAAAUGUUGUUUAAAAGAAUGCUCAUGGUAAUGGUUAUGGGGAGUCUAUGUUACCCCAGGUUUCUCUCAAACCAUUUUGGACCUCCACCAAGAUGCUCAGUUUAUCAUUUCCAUUUACGUUUGGGCAGAUUUUUCACUUGAUGAUCUAGAAGCAUAAUUUACUGCUAGUGCCAAUAUAUAUUUUAAAAAACUACAUUAAUCUGUAGUGAUAAGGGCACUUAGAGUGUCCAUUUAACAUAACAUGCAAUUUUUUUUUUUAUUAUUUUUUUUACAGCUCAAUUACAUAUCACUCCUGCUCCGAAGGACGGGUUUAAUUUGCUUAAUCUACUUUAUUCGAACAUAAAUCUGAAGUCAAGAUUUUCUUUGAGGUAACGUUUAGACAGAUCCACUGUAGCGAUUAUAGUUCCAGGAGUGGCCUGUUGUCAUCCCAUGUUAAUUUAGUCUAACCAUUGUUGUAGGUUUGACAAUUUGCCUGUGACCAAUGUGUGCCUGUUAAACUUCCAGUCUGUUCCAGGUCAUAUUGUUCUCCUUUACAGAUUAUGGUAAUCUCUAUAAGUAUUUGUUAUUUUGAUACAAAUAUAUUGACUUUUACCAUAAGAAGAAACUAUGUAAGAGGUGGACUAAGUAACAUAAACAUCUAUCAAUAGAUUCAUGUCAAAAGAAUUGCCAAAUAUCAUUAUAUUAAUAUCAAGGAUCUGAGGAGUUGGGCCAUCCCUUUGGCCUGAACAGUGUGUAGUGACAUAUUGAACGAUUUAAAAAAAAAAUUCCUUUACCAUUUUGCGUGCCUGUUGAGUGAAUCAUUCAAAUUAUUCAAAUGGCAAAUUUUUACUUGGUGCCACUAUGAUUUAUAACAUGUUUUAAAGGGGAUCUGUCAUGUCUCAAGUUUAUUAAAUGACAUUUACUUAUCUACUGUAUUUACAAUUAUCUAUUUGUGAGGUGUGCAAAAUAAAAUGAAAUGUAGAAAUCCACACUUUAUCCCGUAACUGGAUUUCACCUCCUGUCAAUCAUUGUUAUAAGUUCCGUCCUUUGCACCUGGCAGUCAGCAUACAGAAGGCAUACAGAGAAGAAGAAAAAUUAAACGUUGCUUCUAUGUCUCCUAUUCAUUUGCAAUGUUUGACCUGGCUUUGCCUUGUCUGAACUGAAUUAUGGUGUCAUUUGCUAAAUCCUCAACACAAAUGUAAAAGAAAACAGAAGAUCUCAUGAAGUAAACUUUUAUAAAAGUUCUCGGGGAUUUUUAAUGAGUUUUUUUUAAUGGUUCAAAGUCCAGAAAAGUGACAGUUUCUUUUUAAAAAUACAUUCCUUAGAAUUUUCCAUCACAGAAACUUGUAGAAUAUCCAUUUACUGAGCAAGAAACCAAAUUCACAUGUUAUAAUAUGUGUUUUAAAAAUGAUGUACUACCAAAUGUCUCUUACUGUCCCCUUCUCUUAGUCUGACCAAAGAUAUUGUGGUUUUCUUCGGAGUCAAUACGAAACUCAUCCAGGCUGGACUGGAAAUCCAUGGAAAAGUGAAUGCUUUUAUCCCUGUGAAUGUUGAUGCAACGACUGAUUUAAAUCAAAAAUAUUUCAAACUGGACAUUCUACCAAAUCCUCAAGAAGACGAAAUUGUAUAUUUAAGGUAUGUUCUUAUUAAAGAAAAAAUAAUAAUAAUGAUAGCACUACUAUGACAACAAAGAUUGCAUUGUACAUGUAGCAAUUGAUAAUGUUUUUAUGGUUAUGUUAUGCAAGAAUUUUUUAAAACAUUUUGUUCAUGUUAAUUAGAGCAACACUUUAUUAUACUACAUGCUUAGCCACGUUUGUACUCUCUUUUAUCCAUUCUAAUUUAAUUGGUGCUAGUGCUAAGGAAGACGAUAAAAUGGCACACCUUGUGGUCCAUCCGCUAAAAUCGGGCUACUCAAAAUACAUUUGAAAUAAUGUUAGUUGUAAAAAUAGUUUGUGAAGCUCCUCGCUGAUUAUACUACUCAUUAACAUUGAAGUAUUGGUAAAAGAAAAAACUUUACUCCAAUUGUUUUGUAAAAAAAUAAUGUUUUAAAGGAACACUCAGGUCACCAUAAUGAACUUAUCCAAAUAAAGCUGUUGUGGUGCCAGGAUGACCCAGUGCACUCUUGCCUUAAGGGGUUAAACCGUUCUUAAUCAGAGUUUCCCCAAAGGUUGCCUUCAGCGUUCAUCUCCAGGUCCCCCAGGCGGCAACCGGCUUCUAAAUUUGAGUUCGAGGAAGCACUGUGCAGGGGCACUGCUGAUUGACUAGAGUGGUCAGCUGAUGCUCUAUGCUAGACAGUAGCUUCCCAUUCAUAAACAAAAUGUACGUAGCUUUGAGGAGCUACUGUACUGAUUAUCUUAGAGCGUCAGCUGAACACUCUUGCUAACGCAGUUUAAGUAGCCGGAUGCUGCCUGGGGAACUAGGAGAUUGGCUUUGUAGGCAACCUUUGGGGAUAAACCGUCUAGAAGGGUUUAAUCCCUUAAGGUAAGAGUGUGCCCUGGGGCUUCCUGGCACCAUAACAACUUCACUUAUAUGAAGUUGUUAUUGUGACUGGUAUGUCCCUUUAAGUCUUUGUUAUAAGUUACUUUGAAAUUCACUUGCCUACAACAAAGUGAAGGUGAUUGCUUCACCUAGCAUAGUUAUUCACACAAGUAUAUACAAGCUGAGUUUUAGAGCAGAGACCCACUGAAUUUAGUUUUUUAAUAUCUGUAGUCCAAAUAAUGUAGUUUUCUCCUUUUUCCUUUUUAAUUUUUCUUAGUUUCAGAUCCAUACUUUUAUAUACCAAGGAAUUGAAAAUUCUGCUUGAAGUAUUGUACAGACAAAAUUCUAAAGCAAUGUACUCCUGAAUCAAUACUAUCUAAUUCUGUGUUCUCGGUCAAAACAGGGCUCUUACGUUGAAGUAGUUAUAUUAGUGUUUAGUAUUAUUUUGAAUUAAAUAAAAUAUGUUAAUAUAGUUUACGCUUAGAUAGCUACCAUUUCAAUUCACAUCAUCUUAUUUUCUGAUUUCUAGAUUGAUCUAAUAUUUACAUAGUUGUACUAUUCAUAGAAUGGUAGAUUAUUACAGUAGUACAUUUUAAUGAGGGAAUUAAUCACUUUACCUCUAAAGAAACAGAAAUCAGAAAUUCAAAUACAUUUAGGAUUCCAAAAAGCAGGGACAGUUUUUAAGAGUUGGGGCAAAUGUAGAAUUAGACAAUAAACAUCUAUACUCUGGUAAACGAGGCAUAUAAUUAAAUAUAUUCAAACAUAUUUUAAUGUAUCAUUGUAAAUGUUAUCGUUAUUAAAGUGUCAAGGAAAUAUUAUAGAGGUAAGAAAAUCAACAGAUAUUUCAAAAUGUAGUUUAUUACAUAUUUUCUAUGUGUUUAUUUGUUUCUGAAAAAUGAAACGUAGCAUGCGCUGUCUAAACGUAAGUAACAUAACAAAUGCACAGAGGCACACAAUAAAAUGAGAUAUAGAUAACCUUGGAAAACAAGAAAAAAAAAUAAACUGAAGCUAAAUAAAUGCGCUGGUCUAGCUAUAAACACGAAAGGUAGACUGUAACAUUUCUUCUUAAGGCGAUUGCAAAUAUUUCUUUAAGAUAAGCAAUGCGAUGUUUCAUAUUUAGGUCAAAGGCAUUCUCUGUAUCAAGAAACGUGGUGGAUUCAGCUGCAGUUAAAAUGAUUCCUGUUGUACCGACUGGAACAGAACCAAAUGUACUGAAGCAGGUCUUCAAUCCAAGAGACAUGUCAGCAGGGGACUCAGCAAGAACAGAGGUAAAGAGAAUUCACUAGCAGCAUUGAAAUAUACUCCUGUCUCUAACCAGAACGACUCACUCUCUCUCAAAUAAAAAACAGCUCCCUGCUUAUUCAAACUCACUUGCAGAAUGCAUCUCGCUCAUAACCAGAUCAAGGCAAAUAGAUCUAUUUAUUAUGCAUCCUUUAUAGAGGUUUUAGAACUGUGCAUCGCAAGGGACCCUCUCUAAUGAUGUACUCUGUAACGAAGUUGCUUUUAUUAGGGGAAAACAAGAUAGCAUUCUCUGAGUAGGAGUAGCUGUUGUUAGGGAUAAACAAGAUAUUAUGAAACUCUGACCAUUCAGAUGUAGCUGAAGUACAACUACCAUGAUUCUCUGGCUGUUUGUUUCAUUCAAAAAUUCAUGGGAGCUGUAGUUCAGGAUGGCCAGAGUUUGGAGAAUCCUGCUUUAGGUUAGAGCACUUGUUUAAAGGAUAGUAUUCUGUACCCAGAUAUAACAUAGACAGCUUGAAUUUGCUACAAGCCAUUCUCCACCUGUUCAGCUCGACUGAAAUGUGUCAAAUUUAAUCAAGCCAUGCUUAAAGGAAACCGUAAAAGAAAAACUAUGUUUUCGAAAAUAAAAGAUUACAUGUAAAAUAGACAAUUUGCUUAUUAUUUUGCAAUAAAUAGAUAUAUGUUAAAAAAAAACCUUUCAGUGCAUCACCUCGCUUAUCCUUGCUUCAUGGGGGCAGCCAUUUUUUUUUAUCAGAAGCCAGGACGUGCAUUGAAAAGAGAUAUUUACUUUUAUGUACAUUUUAGAAAAUAAUACACACAGAAGCUAUAUUAUAUCUAAUAUUUAAUUUAAAUAAAUUAUAGUCUUUCUUUCACGACAGUGCCAAUAGAUGUACACAAAGGAAAGAUGGAGCUACAUAAUAAUAACUAAGGGGAGGAGGCUGAAAAUCAUGUUAGUGACAUAAUAUCAUGGAAUCUUACAAUUAAUGAACUAUGAGCAUUCAUGGCAUUCUUACACCUGGUAUACAUAGCUUCAUGUUUAGCUCUGUAAAUAGUCAUGUUUUAUGUUCAAUAAAUUAUUGAAGGAUGCAGAAAAUUGGUAGUAGCAGGCGAAUUUAAUAUUAAUUCCAAACAUAUAUAUCCAGAAAGUGUAGACAGUUUUAAAUUAAAUUUGAGUUAUCAAAGUUAUAAACAAUUAGCAUAAUAAAUGCAGAAUUUUACCAAAAUCUGAGCUGACUAUGAUUAAUGAGGAGGUUAGACAUCAAAAGCAGAGGGUGGGAGGUCUUGCUCUUCUAUUGGCCACGGUAGAAGUGAUUCAGAAUAUCUUGUAUAAAUUAAAACUGCACUUAUAGAGAUGAACAGGAAAUCUGGGAAUGUAGGCUUUUAUACACUUUCCACUGAAGUAGGGGAUGUUCUUUGGGUUUAGAUAAUAAAGAAAACUCGAAAAUCCAGACGAUGGGUCAAAAGUUUGAUGGCAUAUACCUUAAUCCAGAAAACACAAGCAAAAGGUCAAAGACAGGCUAGUUAAGGAAAAGGAUUUUGGUGGCUCAACACAAGACAAUGAAGCAAAGCAAAAGCCUGGAGAUUUUUGAUAAGGGACUUAUCCCGAGCAACCUUACCAGAUUAACUGGGACUUGAAUAGUUAUGGAAACCAGUUGAAAAUACAGAUGGGUAUUAUUAAAGUGUCCACAUCAAUGUUAAUGAAAAUAGCUCUUUGUGUAAGAUGCUAGUGAAGUGAAUCCCGAGGGCCUCCGUGUAUGGUGCGUGAGAGUACAAGAUGCUAUCUAGGCUUCAGUUAUAUUCGGCUCCAGGAAUUCCACAUUCCAAAGAAUACAUAGUUUUUUUUCUUGUUCCCUGAUCCUGGUCUUAACACACAUAAUGGGACUGUGAAUUAAUGCCUCUCAGGCAUAUUCUUUAAGAGCAGAAAUAAUUGGACAUCUCUAAAUCGAGCAUCUCUAACGCAUUAAAACCUCAAAUUUCAUACAUAGUCUGGGGGGGAAGAAGCAAUGUUUUCUUUAAUAAUAUGUACUGUGCUGUCACUAAUAUAACAGGGUCAAGCAUGACGCCAAUAAGAUGUACUGUACGUUCCACUUAUAAAACGAGAUAAAGCAUACCACUAAUAAGCAUACCACUAGUAAGAUGUGCUGUGUGUUCCAUUAAUAAAACAAGGUCAUGCAUACCACUAAGAUGUACUGUUAUUGCCACUGAUAAAAUGAGGUAAUGCAUGCCACUAAUAAGAAGUAAUGUGCGUGUCACCAAUGUAACAAUGUCAUGCAUGCCACUAAUAAUAUGUACUGUGCGUGUCACCAAUAUAACAAGGUCAUGCAUACUACUAAUAUGGUGAACUGUGUGUGUGCCGCUAAAACAUCAAGAUGAUGCGUACCACUAAUAAGAUGUACUGUGCCUGACACUAAUAAAAUUGAGUUAUGCAUGCCACUAAUAAGAUGUUCAGUUAUGCAUGCCACUAAAAAGGGCAACGGAAUCUGUUUGUGCUAUAUAAAUGGCAAUAAUAAUAAUAAUGCACUGCAUGUACCACUAAUAAAACUAUGUAAUGCAUACCACUAAAAAGAUGUACUGUGCAUAUCACUAAUAUAACAAGGCCAUGCAUACCACUAAUAACAUGUACUGUGCAUCUCACCAAUAUAACAAGGUCAUGCAUACUACUAUUAAGAUGAACUGUGUGUGCCACUAAAAAAAUGAGAUGAUGCAUACCACUAAUAAGAUGUACUGUGCAUAUCAUUAAUAUAAAGAGGUCAGGCAUGCCACUAAUAAGAUGUACUGUGCAUAUCAUUAAUAUAAAGAGGUCAGGCAUGCCACUAAUAAGAUGUACUGUAUGUGCCACUAAUAAAAUGAGGUAAUGCAUACCACUAAUAAGAUGUACUGUAUGUGCCACUAAUAAAAUGAGGUAAUGCAUACCACUAGUAAGAUCCCCCAGUGCUUUCCAUUAAGAAUAGGCCAUGCAUGAUACUCGUAAGAUGUAUUGUGGUUGCCAUUUAUUAGGGUUAGAUAUUUAGUGCUUUCUAGAUAUUUUUGCAUCAUCAAAUCAGAUGUGUCAUGUAUGCCACUACAAAAACAUAUUAUACACAUUAUUAAUAAUAUCUUUUAGAUGGGGUCUGUGUGUCUCUGGUACAAGAUUUGUAUUCUACAAAAAAGAUGUGUUGUAGAUACCUCUAGUAAGAUGUAUCUUGCACGCAUGCCUCCAAUAAGAUGCAUUGUCUAUGCUACUGGUAAGAUUUAUUGAGCGUGUACAGGUGCAUAUGAGAUAUGUACACACAAAGACCCCAGGGAAUGCACAGGAUGAAUUAUUAGCUACAUGUACAAUAAUUUAUUUAGACAUUAAAAAACUAUAUUUCUUUUGUUAAUGCUUCUUCAUUAUUUCUCCCAGUAACAAAGUAAGAUUUGUUAAUUUUUCAUUGAGCAGAAAAUAUGACAUUUCAUCUACUAUAGUAAUAAUCCAUGAGGUCACUAUCAUUAAGGUUUGUUUUUUUUAUAACUUGGAAGUAAAGGUUCCCUGAGAACAAAUUUAAAAAUUACAUAUUUCCAUUAAUAUUCUGCAAACGAUAUUAUUACAAAAUAUUAUGACAUUAAUACAAUAGAUUAUUAAUAUAUUAAACUAGCAGUGGUUGUACGUGCGCUGUGAGCCCAAAUUAUGUUCUAUAAAUCGGAAUCAGCAGGGUAACGUGCUUAGCCUCAUUCCAAUAUAUUAUUAACGUUAAUCUUGCCUACACGGAAAACGAAAUUAAGUUGCGUGAGCGCCCCUAUUAAAUUCACUCUCAAUAUUCAAUGAAUCAAUAGUAUUAAAAUUGUUUUACAAUUCAAAAAGUAUAAACUUUAAGUUGUAGUCAUUAAAUGGUGGAAGCGAUUGUAACAUUUAAGCUGAAAUAGAUGAGUAUGAGUAUAUAUGAUUAUGUUGUAAUUGUUAAUUUGACGAUUAGUUAAUAAGACCCUUAAUUAAAAUAAGACCAGGAAAUGGGAACUUAUCAGCACUUAAUAGUAUUACAUGUUACAAGAAUAUUUCUCAUGAACACAGAUUAAAUUAUAGGUAUCCUGGUGUCGCUUUACAGAAAACAGUAGUUAUCUCUAUUCCAUAGGUAUCCCAAAAUGCUUAGGAUGCAAAAGGAAUUAUUGGACACGGUAACAUACCACCCAACAGUCUAGGAUCCAGCGGGAGGGUCUUAAUUUCGGAGUUGCCUGGUGUCCUGCAUCCAGAGAAACCAGAGGACUGUCGACAGCAAGCUCAAUGCAUGCGCAUCAUUAGAUGGGCUCACACUGAACUGAGCUGCAGGGCCGAUCCUGGGUGCCCCGCCCCCUCCCAAUAGGUUCUGCCCCCACUCUCUAGGCUCUGCCUCCUUGCAAUUGGCGCCUAAUGGGAGGGGCGCAGCCUAGCACUGCACACCUUGCUUAUCCGCCUCUAUGCACCCACCCAGGAUCGGUCCUGCUGAAUAAUAUCUGA